AUGCAUGCUGGAGCACCCGGCCAUCGCGGCAAGCAGGAGCACCAGCGGCACCCUCGACGGGGCCAUGACCUUGGUCAUGGUCACAGUAACAACGAUCAAAUGACCGGAACAGUAGGUCGUUCAAGGGAUGCUAACUCCCAGUAUCGUGCACGAAGGCAAGAGAAUCAUGAGCAGAACCGGCACAAGACUCGACAGGGUAAUCAGCACCACGAUCGUCACAGCCAGGGAGAGAGAGAGAAUAGAGGAGCUCUCGGCGAGGACAAAAAGCAGCAUUCGCCGCGGCCAGUUCACAACGAUCAGCCUGGACGCGGCCAAAACUCACGCCGUUCUUCCUCUCAGCAGCAGCAGCACAACCGCCGCCACCACCACCAGCAGCACCACCAGCAACAGCAGCAACAACGACAACAGAAACAUCAGCAGCAUAAGCAGCAUAAGCAGCACGACCACCAGCAACACCACCAGCAACAGCAGCAGCAUCAACAGCAGCAUCAGGAAGAGCUGCUACCGGCGCAUAACUUACAUCUGCGGUCAUACUAUGACAACGACGACAUCGAUCUCGUUAUCGAUACAGACACCGCUGCAGACACCGCUACAGAGCAUCCGCCGCAGCAGGAGCAGCAGCAACGGUGUGUAGAGAGGCAGGCCGCACCGCCAGGACAAAUCGCUGAAACCAGUGCUCCUCAACCUCCGCCCAGCCGCGUCAGCUUCGACACCACCCCGAGGGACCAGCAGCAGCACUUCCCUAGGCACGACAACUUGCGCCCCCGUAAACCAAUCCUCAAACCGCACCCCGCUCCCGGCUUUGCCUCACCCGGGAUGACCGUCAUUGCCGCACCACCCAGCCCCGAAGCCACCCCUCCGUCUCCGGGCCCUCUCUCAAAAGAUAUCUUCGCCACCUACGCACAACCCAACCUCGAGCCAGCCCCCUGCGCUCGAUGCUCCACCAUACCAAAAUGCUGCGCCACCUCUCACCACCCACAGCCGGACCCCAACCCAACCCCGGCCUCCCCAUCCCCCGCCUACCCGGCCCAAACCGGCGCAGCAGCAGCAGCAGCAAUCCCCUCCUCGACGCUGCUCACGCUGUCCCACCAGAUCACAGAACUCCACGCGGCCCUAGCCCGCUCCCACGCCCUGGUCGCAGCGCACGAGGCCGAGCAGGCGCGCGCCGAGCGCCGCUUCCCGCGCGAGGUCGCGGUCAAGGCCUUCUUCGGGGGGCUGCGCGAGCGGGUGGCGCGCGGCUCGCGGGCCGUGGCAGUGCUGGCGCGGGAGGCGCAGGCGCGCGAGGAGCGGGCCGCGCUGGGCGGGUUCUGGAUCGGGUCCGCCAGCGGCGGAGGCGGAGGAGGAGGAGGCGGCGGCGGGGGUGCGGCGGUGGUGGACGACGCGGAGGUGUUGCCCGACGCGGAGAUGGCGGGGCCGCUGGCCGCGGAGUGGGCGUUUUGCGCUGCUUGGGAGGGGGUCGUGGCGGGGAUGGGGGAGGUCAGGAAGGUGGAGGAGAUGCUGGAGUAUCACGCCGGGAAGCGGUGGGGGACGGCCGGUUUGUGGGAGAGGUAUGUGGGCUUGUUGGAGGCGUUGGAACGGCGCGUGAGGGAGGCCGGGUGGGGGAGUUUGUGGAGGGAGUGA